AUGGCGUGUAAUGUAGAGAAACCCUGCAAAUGUGAAGAACGUUACAAGUCCAAUACCCAUGUCUCAAAUCUUAGAAAGCAUAAAUGUAUUCAUACUGGAGAGAAACCCUACAGAUGCAUAGAAUGUGACAAGUCUUUUAUUUGGAUGUCAAGUUUCAAAUUACAUCAGAGAGGUCAUACUGGAGAGAAACCCUGCAUAUUUGAAGAAUGUGCCAAGCCCUUUAGUCAUAUGUCAAGUCUUAGAGAACAUCGUCUUAGAGCACGUCAGCCAGUACAUACUGAAGAAAAACCCUGCAGAUGUGAAGAAUGUGCCAAGUCAUUCAAACGCAUGUCUAAUCUUAGAGCACAUCAGCGAAUAGACACUGGAGAGAAACAUUACAAAUGUGAAGAGUGUGUCAAGUCCUUUAGUAAAAUGUCACAUCUGAGAGCACAUCAGCGAAUACACAUGGGAUUGAAACCCUACAGAUGUGAAGAAUAUGUCACAUCUUUUAGUAAAAUAUCAAGUCUUAAUGUACAUCAGAGAAUUCAAACAGGAGAAAAACCCUACAAAUGUAAAGAAUAUGGCAAGUCCUUUAGUCAAAUGUCAAGUUUGAGAGCACAUCACUCAGUACAUACUGGAGAGAACCCCUGCAGAUGUGAAGAAAGUAGCAAGUUCUUUGCUCAAAUGUCAAGACUUAGAACACAUCAGCGAAUACAUAUGGGAGAGAAACCCUACGGUUAUGAAGAAUGUGGUAAGUCCUUUAGACAUAUACCACAUCUGAGAGUACAUCAGCGAAUACUCAUGGGAGAGAAGCCCUACAGAUGUGAAGAGUGUGGAAAGUCCUUUAGACGUAUGUCAGAUCUUAGAGCACAUCAGCAAAUACAUACUGGAGAGAAACCCUACAGAUGUGAAGAGUGUGGAAAGUCCUUUAGACGUAUGUCAGAUCGUAGAGCACAUCAGCAAAUACAUACCGGAGAGAAACCUUACAGAUGUGAAGAAUGUGGCAAGUCCUUUAGACGUAUGUCAGAUCUUAGAGCACAUCAGCAAAUACAUACUGGAGAGAAACCCUACAGAUGUGAAGAAUGUGGCAAGUCCUUUAGACGUAUGUCAGAUCUUAGAAUACAUCAGCAAAUACACACUGGAGAGAAACCCUACAGAUGUGAAGAAUGUGGAAAGUCCUUUAGACGUAUGUCAGAUCAGAGACAUCAGCGAAUACAUACUGGAGAGAAACCCUACAGAUGUGAAGAAUGUUGCAAGUCCUUUAGACGUAUGUCAGAUCACAGAGUACAUCAGCGAAUUCAUACUGGAGAGAAACCCUACAGAUGUGAAGACUGUGGCAAGUCCUUUAGUCAAAUGUCACAUCUUAGAAGACAUCAGCGAAUUCAUACUGGAGAGAAACCCUACAGAUGUGAAGAAUGUGGCAAGUCCUUUAGUCAAAUGUCACAUCUUAGAGCACAUCAGCGAAUACAUACUGGAGAGAAACCC